UCGGUUGUUUGGUCUCCAUACGCGGUGCUGGCAGCCGGUCGAUAACGACUCAUCGGACAUAGAAGAGUUCAGUCGCGUUCUAACCGUUUGCGGGCGUGGAAGCUUCCAAUAGCGAAUCCAAAUUUUCGCACAUCAAUCAGUCAAUCAGCCAGUUGUUGCCAUUCUCGAGUGUUCCAUCCAACAGAGAGAGAGAGAGUCGUGAAUUCGGUUUUCGGGGAUAAACCAAUUAGAGUGCGGCGCCGGUUAUUUGUUCGCGAGGUGGUCACGACCUGUGCGGUCCAAUCCGAUAGUUUACCGCGCGGCUUCGAGUUUCGAAAUUUGCAGUGCCUCGUCGUCGUGGUCAUUGGCGUUGUACAGAGCGGACGGUCGUGGAUUUUAAAUUACCCUCUUUUUUCGAGUGUGUGUCACAAAUCGGACGUGAUUGGAAAAAGAGGGCACCCACCCGCCGAGCAAACUAUCGCAAAAGCUUCGGAGAGUUGACCCUGUGACCAUUUUUAGUGGAAACUCUAAGUCCAAGUCGGUAGCAGAAUAGUUGGGAGAAAAUGAAUUGCCUGCAGGAUUCCAACAUCGACAACGCAAUUUCGGUGUUCCGCAGCGAGAGACAAUUCCUCGACGAAUCCCAAAUCCGGAUACCCCCGCGACCGAACAAGCGAAACAACGACGAUGCGCCGCCCGCCACUGCCAAGAGCGUUCCAGAAGGUCGACCAAAACCAGCUAAUGCCGGCGUCAAGAUCUACAACCUGGUGAUCCUGAUCGUGGACAUCCUGGUGAUGUUGGUCCGAUGGAUCUUCUACACGCUGGAGGCUCUCUACAUGGUCGUCGUGCCCCCGAAGCCGGAAAGCGUCGCCAAGGACGUUGUUCUGGUAACGGGAGCCGGCCAUGGCAUCGGACGCUGUUUGGCUCAGCAGUACGCACAGCUGGGAGCGACGGUUGUCUGUUUGGACAUCAACGACAAGAUGAACCAGGAAACGGUAACCAGCAUCAAGAAGGAACGGGGCAACGCUUUUGGUUAUGUGUGUGACGUGACGAACCGGGAGCAGAUCAUCGAGACGGCCACCAAGAUCAAGGAGCAGGUUGGCGUCGUUACCAUCCUGGUUAACAACGCCGGAAUCAUGCCGACCCAUACUCUGCUGAAACAGACCGAGGGUGAGAUCCGCAAGACGUUCGAAAUCAACGUGAUGGCUCACUUUUGGAUGCUUCAAACAUAUCUCCCGGAUAUGAUUCAGAAGAACCGCGGUUUCGUCGUGGCUCUUUCGUCGAUCGCCGGUCUGGUGGGUCUGAACAACCUCGUUCCGUACUGUGGCAGCAAGCAUGCCGUCCGAGGCAUCAUGGAAGCCUGCCACGAGGAGAUCCGCAUGGACGCCCGCAAACCGGACAUCAAGUUCACCAGCGUCUAUCCGUACAUGGUUGAUACGGGACUGUGCAAGCGGCCGCACAUGCGCUUCCCCAAUCUGAUGCGACUGGUCAAGCCGGAAGAGGCCGCAGCCGCCAUCAUCGAUGCUCAGCGACGGGGUCUGAUCGACGUGUCUAUUCCAAAGUAUCUGCUCUAUCUGAACACAUUCGUGCGGCUGUUCCCGCUCAAGGCGGCCAACUUGCUGAGGGAUUUCCUGGACAGCGGAGUGGAGUCCGAUCUGUGAAUAUCGAUAGAUGAUCAUCAUCACAUUAAUGCACAGCAUCCGUUCGAUGAAUGCUAAUUUAUUUGUUUCCUGUUACAAUGAUUGCAGUAGAGUUGCCCAUUAUGCAGAAGCGUCGUACUUUUAAGGAUCUUUUGAACAAACUUUUACUUUACUCUUGAGUCAUCAGGUAUAGAGCACUCAGCACAAAGAUAUACUUGUAAGUGACUAGCGAUAUAUAGUGAGGAGAAGUGUAAAUGAACUGUACUUUUAGGAAGUAGUCGACGAUGAAUGAUGAAAUACAUAUUAUUCUUUGACGAAGAGAA